AUGGCGCUGCGUUCUGACAGUUCGCUGCUAUGGCUUGUCCUCGGCGUCUCGUUAGGCUUCGUCGCCGCUCGCCGCAUCGUUCACGACCUAUAUCAAGUCCGCGAAUUGACGCAGAUCACACGGCCUGAAAAUGACGAGCGCAUGAUUAGCCAGGGCACUGAAGACGGUACCUAUGUCUACUCGCUGCGAUAUUAUGAACUGUUUCCUAAUCUAACCCUCGCAGCCCUCAAACUCGAAACUCUCCACAAAUUGACCGAAAGCCCGAGCUAUGAACUCCGCGGAGCAUCGCUCCGUAUUAUUUCAGAGAGAGCCACGAAAGAGUCUUCUCGAGACCAGCUCCUAAAGGACCUGACAAGUGACAGCAAACGCCGACGAAAUAGAGCUCUGACUGCCAUCCACUUCUUAGUGUCAAGUCGCGCAUUAUCUCGCUCGAGCCUAUCUCCGCGGUUGAAAGACCUGCCCACAUACACCGCCAUCGUGGACUGUCUCUGCAACUUCCUCGAAGAACACACAGUCGAAUACGGCACUACAGAAUCACCCAUUUUGCCCAAAACUAGACCACCCGGCGAGAAAAAGCUCUUAGCCACGCUAAAUAUUUUACUCGCCGAAAACCUCCCUGCCGCUCUAGAAGCCGGAGUUGUCAGUCGCUGGCUCUCAAAAUACCCUUUCCCAUGCCUGACCAACAACAUCGACAUCGACGACAACAAUAACACCAACAACAAAUACCGUCGGAGAGACGUUGUCUGGCUCAUGAAGACAUACUGGCUAGACGACACAAUAAUGAGCUCGAUCGUUACCACUCUCGUGAGCAAUACAGAUGGAAUCCGGCAAUUGCGCAAGCACGGUCUUAUGGGCAGCGUGAUGCAGGAAGAGAAUGAUUUCGAUGAGGCCGAUAAUGAUGUGUGGAUGAUCAAUGGCGAGAGUACGGCUGGCUCAAGGUGGGUGCCGGAACGCCUUCCGCUGCCAGACGAGAGCUUCGAGGAGCAGGCUCUGCGGCGACGGAGGAGGGAGGCUAUGGUUUUUAGUGAGAAUGGAGGGCCGAUUGGGAGUGAGAAUAUUAUACAGCCGCUUUCUAUCUAG